AUGCCGCGCAAUAGCUUCAUCAGUGCGGAAUGCAAUCCUGAUGAUCGUGAGAUGAGGCGCGCAAACGGUCUUGCACACGGCACCCUUCUCAUAACUAACUUUCCACAAGCUGGCUAGCUUGUCCGUGCACCGAAGCACUUCCAAAUGGACUUGCCUACACUCAGGGAACUAGACCUUGAGACUGAGCUAAGAAAACGAGAUGCUCAGGUUGCUGAACUCACGGAUGAAGUAACACGUCUUCGACAGCACCUUGCUGUUCAGAAUGGCGCUUCGACUACAGAUCUGGUUACGUUACCCCCUGCGCUAGUAUCUGUCCUGUUACCGCACAUCAACAAGGCAGCUUCUAGUGAAGGAGCAGGAGCGGCUUGUUCGUCGAGUACGGUGAACACGGCGUUGACGCAGAGGGUACGUAUACUGCAGGAAGAGAAUGAUGAGCUGUAUGAGAUGCUCAAGUCCGGCGAGACGGGGAAGCUUAAGGAGGAAGUUCGAGGGCUCAGACGAGUCGUGGAGAGGUUGGAAGGGGCUUUGCGAGAGUCACAUCAAGUAAUUGCUUCCCUGUCGUCGGAACUCGACAAGUCGUACGAAAGUUUCCAAACUUCUCUGCGUCAAAUCAACGCCAACCAUCAUUCUUAUGUGUCUCCUCCCUCUCGCGACUCGUAUCAUCCCGCAUCUACGAGUAAUGGGGUAAUCAAGCUCCCCCCAACUGGACCCAGAGCUCAUAAGAAGCAGCGUCUCUCAGAGCCCAAGGUCUCACCUGCACGUUCCAACAUCUCUCUGCCGCCUUCGAAACCCCAAAUGAAUGCACGCCAGAGUACUCCCAGAGAGCACGAGCCUCCUCGCUCGCCUCGUCUCUCCCCCGCAGAGCUCCGCACGAAACCAAGUAAUGUAAAGAUGGAGGUUGACGAAGAUUCGCGAACACGUCCACGUUCCCCAAGCGAUAAUAGAGACCGCGAGUCUCACCGCCGCGAAAAAGAUCGUGGGCGUGAACAGGAUGGAGAGCGCGACAGGGACAGGGACCGUUUCCCGCGGCGCAACGGUGGUGGCGGUGGCGGUGGAGGUGGGCGAAGGAGUCGAGGGUUUGCGGGUCACGCAUAUGCAUUCGGAGAUCGGACGUUGGCGGAAAGAAUGGGACUUUGA